UCUCCCCCGCACUGUAGGAUGCCCGGGAUCCAGCCCUCCCCUGUCCCCUUGUGACGCCCCGGUUAGAUGGCGGCCGGGGCUGCCGGGUGCUCCGGAAGCGCUUGAGGUGCGGGCGGGCCAGGGUCGGAACAUGGCGUGGAGCUGCUGGGCCCGGCUCUGCAGCCGAGAGGUGCUGAGCGGCCGCUGCUGCCGGGGGCACAGGUUUACUUUAUACACACAGCAGAGAAAUGGAUUCAAAAGAGCGCCCCAAAAGACUGAACCUCGAAAACCAGACCAAGAAAGUGGCUCCAAAACAUACAAAAGCAGUCUGUCUCCUCCAGUACAGGAAACAAUCUUUUAUACUUCUUCCCCUUCGCUGAAGCAUCUUGUGAAGCCAUUCUUUUUUACAAUUGGGUUUACAGGCUGUGCAUUUGGAUCAGCUGCUAUUUGGCAGUAUGAAUACCUAAAAUCCCGGGUUCAGAACUAUUUCGAUGAUGCUCGAGCAGACUGGAUGGAUAAGUUACGACCUCAGAAAAAUGGGGACUUCAGAAAGCAGGUUAACAAGUGGUGGAAUAGCCUGAGUGAGGGUCAGCGGACUGUGACAGGUAUCAUAGCUGCAAAUGUCUUUGUGUUCUGUUUAUGGAGAAUCCCUUUUAUGCAGCGGACAAUGAUUACUUACUUCACAUCUAAUCCAGCAUCUAGAGUCCUUUGCUCUCCCAUGCUGCUCUCUACAUUUAGUCAUUUCUCUUUGUUCCACAUGGCUGCAAAUAUGUAUGUGCUGUGGAGUUUUUCUUCAAGUAUAGUGUCUCUUUUGGGACGUGAGCAGUUCAUAGCAGUGUACCUUUCUGCAGGUGUUAUCUCCACAUUUGUCAGUUAUGUCAGUAAAGUAACUACUGGAAGAUUUGGACCAUCACUUGGAGCUUCAGGAGCUAUAAUGACUGUCCUUGCAGCAGUAUGUACGAAGAUGCCAGAAGCAAAACUAGCCAUCAUACUUCUUCCAAUGUUCACAUUUACAGCAGGAAAUGCUUUAAAAGCCAUUAUUGCAAUGGACACGGCAGGACUUGUUCUGGGUUGGAAAUUUUUUGACCAUGCAGCACAUCUUGGGGGAGCUCUAUUUGGAAUCUGGUAUGUAACUUAUGGCCAUGAACUCAUAUGGAAGAACAGAGAACCACUGGUGAAGGCUUGGCAUGAAAUGAGGUCUAAGAGCCGAGGAAAAGGAGGUGGAGGAUCUCACUGAUUCUAAUUUUACAGCCUGCUUGUGCAGAAAACAGUGUGCUACUUGAAGAUAUGGAAGUGAAUUGGUUCUGGAAUUGUUUUUGCAACUCCACAGAAAACCACUUAGGAUGUGUAGUUUCUAAUGUAAACUACAGUUGCAAAUAAAUGCAGUUCAGUAGAGAAUGAACUGACAAAGUUGAAAAAAUAAAGUUUAUAUCUGAUUGGUUUAUGAAGUAAACGUGUGCAUCACAUUUUUAAAAACUAUUUGACAAGAAGAAAUAUUUUCACUUAAGUGGCUGGAAGCUGAAACCGGGCACAUUCAAAUAAGAAAUAAAGCAAAAUUUUUUUUAACAGUGUUGGUGAUUAACCAUUGAAACAAACUACCAAGGGAAGGUGAAUCCACCCUCUUGAUAUCUUCAAAUCAAGGCUGGAUGCCUUUUUGGAAGAUAUGCUUUAGACAAAUAAGAUAUUAGACUCAGUACAGGCAUAGGGGGGUGAAAUUUAAUGGCCUGUAAUAUAAAGGAGGUCAGACUAGAUCAGUGGUUCCCAAACUGGGGUUUGUGAAAUGUAUCGGAGUUCUCAGAAAAAAAUUCUGUAAUGACGGACAGAGCUGUCCGUAGGGACCCCGGGAGCUGACAGCCCAAGCCCCAUGAUUAUCACUUCCUGGCAGAACAAGUUUAAGCUUUGUUGUAGUUGUGCGUUGUUUGCCUGAACUGCUCAAGACCCGAAUGCUUGUGGGAGGAACUUUUGCUUUGAGUCGGUUUCUUAAAUACCUUGAUGCUGUUUCACAUCUGGUACUCCUUGAUGAAACAUGUAGGAGGCUUAAUCAAAGUGAUAUGAGCUACAAAAGUGAAAUCUUGAAGAGUAUUACUGUUUUCAUAAUGUAAUAAAAUUAAUAAUGUAAUUAUAUUUAAUAUAAUAUUAAAUAGUGUGUAAUAAGCAUGUCAUAAAAAAACAAAUUAUUUCUAAGAUCACUGCUUCUAUAAUUUAUGCUCAGGUAAGGGAGAAACUACCUGGAAAUUAAUUCAUUUUUAGGAGAGGUUCGCGAGAUUUGAUAUUUUCGUGAAAAGGGUUUGUGGGUUGUUAAAGUUUGGGAACCACUGGACUAGGUUAUCUAAUGGUCCCUUCUCGCUGUAAGUUCUAUGAAUCUAUGAAAAAUACUGGCCUUCAUUUAAAUGUUAGUUGUACAGUAGCAUUGACACCUAGCAAAACUACAUUAAUAAUGUUAAGAGUCUGGCUCAUGCUCUGAUGGCAGGCUCUUAUUCAAUGUAUUCUAGCUUUCAGUUCUUUCUACCUCCAAGACAUGAUCAAAGGAUGCAUUUAGAAUUUGUCAGUGGAGAAUUUUUUCUUUGUUCUGUUGCAUGUAAUUAGAACAAUGGGUUUCAUGUUAGUUUGGAUAUUUUUGCCACGAGUUAUCACAGGAGACAUUCCACCUUCAGCAUUUCUCUCCCAGUAAACUUCAUUCAUUUAAAAAAAAAAAAAAAAAAAAAAACACCAAAAACACUUUCCUGCCCAAUAGUUUCAUUUAGCAUUAUUUAGAGGAUUCUAAAAUAGUAGCGUAUGGCUCUGAGCUCGCCAAUGGAUGGAGAAGAUGAGAACGUGAAGCUGCAGCAGAAACUUCUGUGCUGUUUUUCUCAUCACAGGCACUCUUUGAUAACUGGAUGAAUUUGAGAUUGAUCUGGGGUUUGAUACAAGCAUCAAAAUGGUUCCUAUUAUGUAAAUACUAUGCGGCACUAAACUGGUGAUCUGUGUGGGGGAUUUUUGUUUUGCAAAUGACUAAUGUGGGCCCCAAUCCUGCAAUUGUAGCCAUGCCAGGUGCACCCCUGCCAGCAGCCCUAAUUGCAAUGGAGCACAGAGGUCUGUCUGGGAGAAGUAAUUUGCAGGAUCGAGGCCCUAAUAAACCAGUUACCUAGCUUUACUAGAUGGGUUACACUGGAAUGAAAGUGUCUUUGUGACUAUAAUAAGCAUAAAUAAAACAUACACAUUUUUACUUUGUAAUGAGGCGUUGUAGAAAAUACAUGUAAUGUCUGCUUUUCAUGUGGUAAACUAAAGAUGGUGCUAAAUAGCACCAAAUGUAAUCAAAGGUGGAGCACAAAACUGAUGUCAACUCCUUACCAACCUAUGCUGCUAACACCCACUUAGUCUUUGGUGCUUACUGUUAUAAAACACAGGUUGGUGUAUUUUUCAUCACAAUAUAAACAAUGACUAUUUUGAGGAUUAAAAAAAAAAGUUAACCUUAACUCUAAACUCUCAGAAAAAGAUAGUUUAGUCUAAUGUAGUAGUUGGGAUCUAGUGAAUGUUUCUCGCACUGGUACUAUUGACUCACUUGACUCAGAGAGAGUUCACUUUUCUGUGUGUACUCUUCCUUUACUCCCCUUGUUUAUUCCUCCUUUUUCUACUCUUCCUAGGGUUCUCUGUUAAUUUAUAUUAAAUCAUACACACUUUUCAGGCUGCAGACAUACCUGUUCCAUCCAGUAGAGAGCAAUAGUACCUCUAAGGAGAAACCUAGCCUUGUAUUAUAGUUAUAGAUACAGAAAAUCAGUUAUGUGGGGGUAAACAGUAAUGCCGAAACUUAUACCAUGAAGACUUGAUCUUUUCAGAGAAACUGAGUGCCCACAGCUCUAAAUGGAGUUUUGGGUGCCAGCGCUUAUAAAUAUCAGGCCCUAAGUCAUUUGCAGAGCAGAGAAUAGAACACUGCUCCCUAACCACUAGACUUGCUGCCUCCAUUAUAGUAUUUCUAUGCCCUCUUCACCUGCAAAAAUGCUGCAGACAGGCACUGAGCCACCUGGGGCCUGAUUUGCAGAAGGGUGAAGUACCUGCAGCUCCCAUUGACUUCAACUAGAUUUGCAGAUGCUCAACUCUCCUGAAAACCAAUCCCAGGGUGUCAAGUUUGGUACCCAAAAUCAGAGGCCGCAUUUGGGUCUCUUUGUGUUUAAGUUUCACCAUCUGUAAGAUUAGGGUUAAUAACACUUAUCUACUUCCCAGGGGCUGCCCAGAGUCUGAACUAUUAAUGCUUGUAAAAGCCUGUGAGAUUCUCCAAUUUAAGGUGGUAUGAAACUGAUUUCCUCUGAGCAAGGUCUAUGAACACUUUUAUUUCGCCACGCAGUGCAUCCCUGCCUGCCUUCUGUAUCUGAGGUCCUGUCACAGGAAACCAUAAUUGUCCUGUAUUCAAAAAUACUCUUAAAAAUUGGAGUACAUGACACAAUACUGGAUUAAGUUAAAUGAAGAAAUGGCCCAAAGUUAUGACAAGUCACUAGUGUAAGCAAACAACCAUUCUGGCAAAGAAAUCCCUCCUUCAAAAUUUGGCAUGUAUGUGAGUAUAGGUGCUUGUGCAUGUACGCACACACAAAAUCUAGUAUAUAGUUACACCUUAAAAUAGCAUAGAAGUUAUUUUGAAUUCAAGCACCAAAAGGGAAGACUUAUUUCCUUUCUAAAAUGGCUUACUGCAAAUAAAAAUGAAAUGUAAUAGUUACAGGGAUGUUCAGCAGAGACACCAGACAGUGUUAUGCCUAAGGAAACAAUGGCAAUAACUAUAAAAAAAGUCAUCGUUAAUCAUGUAGGAGCACAAACUAGUUUAUGUUGAACAUUGUUAAGGGGUUUUAGAAAAUGUAAAUGCUUUUUAAAAAAUCUGCCAUGGCUAUGACAGGUUUAAAGAGCAUCAUGCCUGAAAACAUGCAUGUAUCUUUAAUGAAAUAGUUCAUAUGUCAUUAAUAGUAAAAUCAUAAAACAGUUUUAUGAGACAUUUUCCCUCAGCAAUUGAUGCUUCUUAGUCUGAUUUGCCUUACAGUUAUAGUGUUUGCCAUCUUCUAGUGAUGAGGAAUUGCUUCCAAAUGCUGUCAACUUUUAACUCUAAUCUAACGUCUUCUGGUUUCUCGUGUUCUGUGUGAUACCCUUUGUGCCAAUGCCAGCUGACAGACUCAGCGCUGAGCAGCAGCUCAAAGCAUUGGCUGAUGGUGUAGGUGCUCUCUGAGAUGCACAAUGUCAAAGCUGAACUCGGUGCUAGGAAGUGUCAGGCACAAUGAGGGCAGAGGAGAUGUUAGAUUCUCUCACGCAUUUUUCUAAGCCAGGCCUAGCAAUAGGGAUCAGAGCAUCAUUUGUAGUAUGCCAGUGAAAAUAUACAAUAAAAUGGAUGUCCUGUUUUCUGCAUCCUCAUUGUAAAACCCAUUUAGCAGGAUAAAGUACUCUGUAUUUGAGACCGAAUGCUAUUUAUUUUUAAAGUCAUUACACACAGAAUAGUAAGUAUUAGUUUUAGACCCCAGCACCAGGAAAUUCAUUAGUAAUAUGCGUUGUUUAUAUUUCAGUAAGUCAAUAGCAUUUGUACUUAUACCUAUACUGAUGUAAAUGGGGUCAGAUUUAUCAGAUGUGACUUUGAUUUUGGUUGAUUCCAUUUUUGGUUACCUAACUUGAGAUGCCUCACAGGGACCUAAUUGUUCAGAGGGAGGCUACAUAACACUUCCAUCAGGCUUCUUUAAAGUGUUGUAAAUUGGGUGACCAAAAAUGGAAGCAAUCAGAAUCACUAGUCAUGUCUGAAAAUCUUGACCCAAAUAUCACUCUGUAGGGUGUGAGAGGAUUGCCUCGGGGGUCAGGAAGGCAUUCCUCUGUGCACAUUUGCAUUUUGAGAGGCGACACACAGAAUACUAGACUAGAUUGUAGAGAGAGAUGGUGUCUACCUCUAUAUUUGUAUAGUGCCCAGCACAAUCUAGCCCUAAUCUUGAUUACAGCCUCCAGAUGGUGGUGUAAUAUAAAUAUUAAUGGAUACGUGACAUUCUAUACCUUGGGGGAGCGCCCUGUAGUCCCCAUAUUCCUCAUUUAUAUAGAAUUGUGAUAGUGCAUAUAAAGUAGGCCGUGUGAGGUAUCAGGGGAAAGAUUAUGAUCUGCUGAAAGUCAUUUUUCUAUAUAAAUAUGUAUAUCAUUAAUGCAUAUGAAGUUAUGAGAAUGUGUGGUAUGGUUGUCACUAAAAUAUGCUAUGGGUUUGGGACGUGCCCAGAUACUAGCUCUCCAGAGAUAAUGCCAAGGAAAGUAAUCAACACCCAGGUGGGUGUCAAACAACCCAUCAACAGCCAUUGUCCUGCAAGAGAGCUACAAUUCAAUGACUCACCUGCAUAAGGCUACACUCAGGUGCCAACCCUCCAGGAUUGGCCUGGAGUCUCCUGGAAUUGGCAUCAAUCUCCCGGUGACUAUUGAAAGCAAUCUGGGCGAGUUUAGUAGGCUAUUUUAAGAAAAUGACAUUAUAUCAUGUUGUAGGGUGACCUUAUUUCCCUAUGCUGAAUAAGGGACAACUGGUAAAAUUACUUAUAUUUAAGCGAGUUCAAUGGCAAUUGUACAAAUGUUCAAAUUAACAUCAAGUUGACUGAUCCCCUGUAAUAAAGAAAUACUGAGUAGCUAGA